AUGCUUGAGCUUUGGAAUGACCUCGAGCCAUGGGACAAAACCUACUAUAAGGGAGAUGACUAUGGAGAUACAGGAGUGUUUGUGCUUGAUUUGUGCUUACAUGAAUGUCCUGGACUUGUUAAUGUUAUGAAACACCAUGCACAUUUGAAACCGUUUAAGGGGGUCCAGAUUUCAGGAUGCCUGCACAUGACUAAGGAGACAAUGACGUUUGCAAGAACACUGGUUGAACUGGGAGCAGUGGUAAGAUGGUGUUCAUCAAACCCAAACUCGUCAAAUAAUCAAGCCAUUUUUACCACAGAUAAACUAUUCAAAGGAAAAAUUACUCUAUUCGGAUACAAAGGUGAGAGUAUUCAAGAGUAUUUCUGGUGUAUGUAUCAGUCGUUAAACUGGGCAGAUACGUCAAUGCCUUUGUUGUUGGUCGACGACGGGUGCUGUUCGUAUAACAUGAUCCAUUACGGGAAAAAGCUGGAAGAUAUGUAUAGGGAUACAGGAAAAUUAUACGACCUUUCAGUUUUGGACCCAAGCGAUAAUGACACUAGAGCACUUCUGACAUUUUUGAACCAUUUGGUCACCAAAAAACCGAAUUUUUUCACAAACUUGGUCAAAAGAACGGUGGGAUUGUCAGAAGAGACAACAAGCGGCUUGACUGAGAUGAGGAAACUGUACAGAAACCAUGGAUUACUGUUUCCAAUAUACUCAACAAACGAUGUGGUUUGUAAGACUAAGUUUGAUAAUAACUACGGAGCAAGGUACAGCUCAGUUGACGGUAUGCAUAGAGGAGUUGAAGGAGUUCUUUUGGGAGGACGGCAAGUGGUAGUAAUAGGUUACGGAAACACAGGAAAAGGAGUUUGCAUGGGAUUCAGAGGAGCAGGAGCCAUAGUAAAGGUGUGUGAAGCUGACCCAAUCUGUGCUCUCCAAUGUGUUAUGGAUGGAUAUCAGGUAGUCCUUUUAGAAGAUGUGGUUGAAACGGCAGACAUUUUUGUUACAGCAACAGGCUGUAUCGAAGUAAUAAGACUUCACCACGUUAGAAGAAUGAAGGAAGGAGCGAUUUUAGGAAAUAUUGGACAAGGAGAUAGAGAAAUAUUGAUCCACGAAAUACUCACAGACCCCAACUUGGAAGUGACUGAGGUACGGAAAAACGUACACUACUACAAGUUUAAGGACCUAAACAAGGGAGUAAUUAUCCUUUCAUACGGAAGAUUGUAUAACCUGGGUUGUGCUAACGGGCAUCCCUCAUUAGUGAUGUCAAUGUCCUUUACUACCCAGUUUUUCGCACUUUCCCAGCUUUUGGAAAACAAGGGCAAGUUUGAUAACAAAAUACACAAAAUGCCCAAAAAACUAGAUGAAAUGGUAGCAAGGUAUCAUUUGGAGUUCAUAAACGCCAAACUAACAGUUCUAACAGAUAGGCAAUGUGAAUUUCUAGGAAUUGAUAAAGACGGACCCUAUAAACAUGAAGAUUACAAGUACUAA